AUGCGGCCUGUGCGUCCAGCUUGCCUUUGCUAUUGUACUGGCUGCUGCUGUGCCUGGUCCCUCUGUGCCUCCUCCCUUGUCGUCUUUGCCUCUCUAUCCUCUCCCCCACCCACCUGCCUCCUCCCAUCCCCUCUCCCCAACCCCAAACCCCCCAGCACCCUCGCCCUAUCCCCCCCUUCCAUACCCUCCCCUCCUAACCCCUGCGCUCCCGCAGUUGUGUUCCCCGCCAACUCCUCUCUCCCUCUCUCCCCGAACCAGCCCGCACCCAAGGGCUGGCCUGGCCCCGUUGACCCUCCUGCUGUCGCCCCUGUUGACCUUCUUGCUGCUGCCCCUGCUGACCAUCUUGCUGCUGCUCUUGCUGUCCUCUCUCCUCUCCCAUACUGGCCUGCCCCUCCUGCCCCUGCUGGCCCUCCUGCUGUCGACGCUGCUGUUGCUGUCUCCUCUCCUCCUCCCAGCCAGGCUGCCCCUGCUGGCCCUCACGCCGCUCCCCAUGCUGACCCUCCUGUUGCCGCCCCUGUUGACCCUGCUAACCUUCCUGGUGCUGCCGCUGUUGCCCUCUCUUCUCUCCCCUACAAACCUGCUGCCGCUGCCCCUGCUGGCCCGGCUGCUGCUGCUGCCGCUGUCGCUGCUGCCGCUGCGACUGCUGCUGCUGCUGCUGCUGCUGCUGCUACUAUCCACUCUCCUCUCCCCCACUAG